UUUCGAUUGUAAGUCAACUUUAAAACUUUUCGUAACGAACUCGAAUUUGAAAUAUUUUAAAUUUUUGGAUUUACAAAACAUUGGGAUUUUCGAAACAAAAGCAAAAAGCGCCAUAUCUGGAAGCUCUUGUGUAUGUGUAAUUCGGUAGAGAAGUCAACAAAACAGAAACUGAAACUGAAUCAAGACUACGAAACGUUGUCGUCGUCGUCGUCGUCGUCGUUGAAAAGCAGUUGGCCCGUUUUUAUCGUGCUGGCAUUUAAUUUACUUUAUUUUGGUUACGUGGUUUUUGGGCCUGAAAUCUCUAACUUGGCGUUGAAGUUGAAGUUUUGGAGCUAACGUCGUCGUCGACGUUGUUGUUGUUGUCUGGCCGCGGCCGAAAAAGAAAGUCACGACAUUUAAAGCGGCAGAAACAAGAUUUCCAAGAUUCUGCAACGAAAGUCAAAGUUACAAGUUUACUUCAAAAGACCAUUUUGCCCUCCUCCCUCUCACCCUCCCCCUUCUUUGGUUCGGUUGCACUGCACUAGUGUGUGCAUGUGUGUGUCCGUGUGUGUGUGUGUGUGUGCCACAUUUAGAAAGUGAAAAUCGAGUGCAAUCGUUGUCGGCAUAUAUUUUUUGGCCUGGUCUUUGCCUUUGGGCGCUGACGCUGCAGUUGAAAGUGAAUUGAUAUAUAUAUAUAUAUAUACAUAUACGGUCGGUCUAUCGGUAGCCGUUGUUGCUGCCGCCUUAACAUACAAACCAUCCAUCUCCAUCUCCAUUUCCAUUCAUCAAUAAGUGGCCAACGACCACGGCGCAGCAGACAGACAAAAGUUCAACAACAAUGGAGGCCGAAGAAAUUACCAAACUUGUUGAUGGCGUUUAUAGGAAUAUACUCGAUCGUUUCAAUCCGGGUGCAAGGCAACUAAUCGCAGCGGGCAAAAGUUACCUCAAGGCAUUGCAUGGUGCUGCAACCGCCUCGCGUCUAUUCAAUGAAGCAUUGGCAAAGAUUGCAAUGAACGCCCAGCAAAGCGGAACGGGCGAUAUUGGUUCAGCUUUGAUGAGCGUUGUGAAUGUUAACAAAGAGAUACAGGAGCAACAGAUGAAUAUUCUGAAAGCCUUCUAUGUUGAUCUAUUGGUGCCAUUGGAGACAAAUCUUGAGAAGGACACAAAAGUUGUGCAGCAUGAGCAAAAGAAAUUUCUGCAGCAGCACAAAGUGCGCAUGGAGAGCUACCAGAAGGCCGUCUCCACAAUGAAAAAGCAGCGCAAGAAAAAGGCAACACCCGAGAAUACCGAAAAGGAGCUUAGGAGUCUGCAACUGCUAGAGGAUCAGAAAAAGAAACUGGAUGUAUUUUGCGACCAAAGCUAUAAGAAUGCCAUGACACAGGAGCGUCGUCGGUAUGGCUUUGUCUUGGAGCGUCAGUGUUCGAUAGCCAAACAUUGGAUGGCCUAUCAUACCACCGGAAAAACAGUAAUUGAUAAUAAUUUCGAAAAUUGGCAAGAAAUUGCUGCUUCUCGUGAGAUCAUUCCGCCGGCCGCAUACGAGAGCGGCUAUAGCAACAAUAACAAUAGCAGCGGCAGCAGCAGCAACAACAACAACAAUAAUAAUAACAGCAGACGAUUGGAGCGUAUCAAAGAUGUGGACGAUGAUCAUCAGGGUCAAAACCAUGGCGCCCAGUUAAAGAAAUCACGCAGCAUCGAUGCCCCCUACGGCGAUAUGCGUACAUUGCAUGAGCGUGAGAAUAUGGCCGGAAUAUUGGGUGGCAGCAGUGGAGGAUCGGCUCAUUAUGCCCAGAAUUCAUUGCCACGCGCCAAAUCUGAUUUUAAUUUGGCAUUGAUUGGCACAGGACCAAUGUCGGGCAAUAAACACAAAAUUAUUGAGGAGCAACUGACACAGCUUAGCGAUGAUCGUGAUCGUGAUCAUGAGCGUGGCGAUCAACGUCCAUUGGUUAAGGCAUUGUAUGCCUAUAUGCCCUCUGGUGAGAAUCAAUUAUCCUUCGAAGAAGGCGAUCGCAUUGCUUUGGUUGGCGGCAAGGCCAAGGGCUGGCAAUUCGGUGAGAAUUUGAGGACUCAGCACUUUGGCUGGUUCCCAGUUGCCUAUACCAAUGCUGAAAGCGGCGGUGAGCUGGUGCCAAUCGGUGGUUUGACCAUGUCUGGAGCUGGACGCCGUUAUGAGAAUAUGCACAUGAGUUAUGAGCGCAAUGGCGCCUCAUCCAGUGGCCUAAGAAGCUAUCAUGAUCAGCAGCAGCAGCAGCAACACAAUCAAUACAUAUCCGAGGAAAAUGAGACGGCAACCUAUCGUCGUCGUCGCAAUCACAGCACAGAGGAAUCCUCUUCGCCUACCCGUAUGUUUGGCGAUACCAUUAAACAGCAAAAGAAAUAUCGUGGCAUCAGUUCCGGUGGUGGCAAUCCACGUCCUGGUCCACCACCCACAUUGCCAGCUCCAGUGCCAAAUGGUGGCCAGCAGCAGCAAAGUCAGACGUCACGCAUGUUGAAUAGCUCACAGAGUUUUUGUGCCACCAAUGGAGUGCCAGCUGCUGUUGAGCGGCGUAAGCAGAAGCUAUUGAAUGGUGUCCAGUCUUCGAUGAGCCAUCCAUCGGGCAAAUCUGGAGUUGCCGCCAAGACUUCACUUCAUAGCAGCAAUGACAGCGGUUUCGCCAAUGAGCCACCACCACAGCCGGAGGUUGACUAUUCAGAUGAGGAGCCGGCCACCCAACGUGUGCCCAUUCGACGACGCGCCGAUACCAAUUCGCAUACCCAUACAGUGCCCAGGGAUGUGGCCUCUUGGACACUGAAUCGCAAUUUCGGGAAUAGCGUGGACAGCCAAAUCGAUGACAAGAGUUUGCACCGCUUGAGCCGGCAGAGUGGUGCUGGCAUCGGUGGUGCUGGUAAGAUGCGCUAUGAUCUGAUUGCCUCCGAUGAUGAGAUACUCCAGGCAUCGAGUGCUGGCUUGAAGCGUACGAAAUCAUUUUGGAAAUUUGGCGGUGGACGCAGCGGUGAGGAUAUAUUGGCUGGCAUGUCAUUGUGGCAGCAUCGUGAUCUUGUUGCGGCACCCAAUUUGGAUGAGUUACGCGACAGGGAUAUGGAGCUGGAGAGACGAUCAAAUGAGGAACGAAAUGGUACAUUGACCAAAUCGCAUAAUUCAAAUUCAUCGCAAGAGAAACGAGAAAGGAGUAUUGUUCGUAAGGAUAGUUUGACUAGCACCGAGCCUUAUGGUGAUGAUGAUGAGAAUAUCUAUGGCAUAAGUCAGGCACCACAGCAACAGCAGCAACAACAACAACAACAGCAACACUCGCAGCAGCAGCAGCAGCAACAACAAUCGCCACAGAGAAGCAGCUAUACGCCCAAAUCACGCAUGAAGAUCAUGAAAACAAUUGAGAUUGAUAUUGAGGAGCCAAGAGAGGAACAGAGGGAACAGCAGUCAAAAUCGCAUACUUUAAGUCGAUCGAAACCACAGUUUCCACCACAUUCAACAGAUGAGGGCGAAAGCGAUGAGCAAGGCACACUUAAACUAAGCGAUGUUAAUAACUUUUUCGAUGACAAUCUAAUAGCAAAGACCAAUGGCGGCAGCGGCGGUGGUGCCGGCGGUGGUGGCCAUGGUGGUGGUCAUGGACAUGGACAUGGUUUGGUAAUGAAGACAGUUAAACGACAGGAUAUACUUAAGCAAUACUAUACCAGUGAGGAUGAUGAAUCCGAUGCGGAAUUAAAGUCAACUAGCUCCGAUCCCUACGAUUGCAUUGUGAUCAAUGAUCAUUUGGUGCGCAAGGAUGACAAAUUGCGGGCACGUCAUCAUCACCAGCAGCAGCAGCAGCAGCAUCAGCAACAUCAACAAAUGGAAUUUCAUACAUUUCGCUCAUCCACAUCGACAACAGCGACGAAUACGCUAAAGAAAUCAUUAUCCAAGGAACAGGAUAGCAGCACACUGACACGCAAUUCUAAUGUCAAUUCAAGUGCUCCAACAGCCACAAUAUUGCCACGUACCCGCCUUCUUAAGUCAUCGUCGUCGUCCAGCAAUAACCACAACAACAGCAACAACAACAACAACAGCCAUCACAAAAGUACCACAUUGGAGCGUAACUCCAAAUUGCAUACGGGCAACAAAAGCUAUGGCCCUUGGUAUGAUUUCUGGGAUCAGGAGCAACAACAACAUGGCAUGACAGGACAAAAGUCAUCGAGUGCCAAAUUGAAAUGAUGUGAAAAAUUCAAAAGAUCGAAGCCUCCCAAUUUGCCACUGUGAAAUUGCGUCACACCAAGACCAACGAUCGCUCCGCUCCCAUGAUCUAUCGAAGCGUUAACAAGUAGCAACGACAGCGUAAGGUGGAGUUUCAGUUAUGACCAAACUUCAGCCACACAAAAGAUUAAAAAAUACAAUAUAAUACUAUACUGAAUACAAAAGCAAAAACAUUCAGAAAUUGUAUCAGUUAGAAGCUCUACAUACAUAUAUAGAUCUACUUUAAUCGAACAUUUUAUUAAACGUGUCUACAAUAAA